UGGACUACUCUAGUGUUUUCUUGGAUUGAUAGAGACUUAUGGGCUAAUUUGUGCGCUUAUUAUGAUUCAGAGGACAAGAAGGAAGAGGCAAGACGUAAUGCGCAGAAUCGGGCGUCAAAUUUGCAUGGUCGAGCAACCUAUACAGGUGGCUCGAGGAACAUAAGUCGGGCUAUGGUUCGAUUGAAAUGUCAAAUCAUUGAGGAUGGUGGCACACCUACAAUGUUGAAACUAUAUUUGGGUACCCACUCGUCAUCAGUAGAUAAGAUCACUGGAGAGUAUACAUACCCGGACAACAACACUAAGGAGUAUUGUAAUCGAGUCAUCCAGGAGGCAACCUUAUCAGGGGUCGAUUCAGCCACAGAGGACGAUGCACUUUGUUUCACCCAGAUGUUAGAUUCCCUGCACGGAGGGCAUCACGGUGGUUAUGAAAGAGGCAUGAGCAUUGGUGCCACUCAGACUUACUUGAGGAUGUCCUCCAUACCGAAAAUCGACACUUCUAAUUAGGAGCUACGUCGUGAGGUGGCUGAUCUUAGAGCUCGGUUAGCUGAGAUGGAUAGUCUCAGGGAGGAGAUUAGGGAGGAGCUUAGGGAGGAAUUUAGGUCUCAGAUGCAUUUGAUUACUAACAAUAUGGUACAUACACACUCUCGCAUACACAUGUACAUUGGCACAAAUAUGCAUACAUCUUAUACACGUA